CUCCAUACGGUUUCUUUUUAAUUUUUCAAUAGAAAUGUAGCCAUUUUCAUUAAAUUUACAGUAAUAUAAAGGGUUUUGCCCUUUAACAACAUAACAUUAUUCAAUUAUUAUGGAUGUUAGAGCAAGAUCCCUUGCGGCGGACAAGAGGAAUUGCAAGAAUGAUAAAAAGGUUGUAAAGGAGGACUUAAGUCCAUGGGAUAAAGAUAAAGAUACACUCACAAUAAACUCUUCGGCGUGUAGUACCAAUUGGAAUUUACUUGCGAGUAGACUUGCUAAGUUGGAGGACCAGUUAUCGAAGCUAGAUGCAGAAGCGACCAUCGGCGACCACUUGCGACCAAGACCAAGCGCAAGAGCUUCUCGAAGUGCUUCUUCUCAACGACAGAGUGAUUCGAGCGAUGAAGCGUCGAAACGACCUUCUCAAGCUUCAUCUCCUUCUCACUCUUCGAGAUCGCCUUCGCGGCCGUGUUCACCAGACCUCAAGUACUACCGAUCAGUGGGAUCCGUGAACAGGGCCUCACCGGAGGAUGUGGUUAAAGAUGUGAACCGAACAGUAGUGAAAGAAGAUAAAACGGUGAAGAGCACAACAGGCGUCGCUGGCAGGUUGAGGGCAUCGGGUAAACGCUCGACAGCCGUUCUCAAAUAUUUUGCCGAUAAAGCAGAUGAUCGGAAGACGGAAAAUCCUCGGCCGGCGAACAGCGGCGGGAUGAACAAGCAUGCCGUAAAAUCCGCUGUCAUAGAGAAUUUCUCAAACGGGAAAACGCUUCAGUACAAAGCGAGUAGAGACAGUUUGACUAAAGAGAAUAUUAAAAAAUUCGUCACUCCUGCGAGAGAAAAACAUUACCAGCGUUUACUGACAAAUAGAGACUCGAUGUUCCCUAGGAGCGUUCCGAAAGUCUCAGCCAAAUACGAAGAACGGAAUUUUGAUAAAGCGAUUAAACCAAAAGACGAAGAAACGGCUAAUCAGCAUGACUCGGUUAUACCCUUUUCGAAAUUGAAAACCAAAUCAGAAACCAAAAGAAAAGCUUUUAACACUUCACCUAAAAACCUCCUAACAGACCUCCAAAAAGCCGAGGAACCUCUUGCGGAGGCUGAAAGCAGACUGGAAGAAACACUGUCAAAAACGUCCAAAGAUUCUGCACAAACCUCCAAGAAAGUCAAGAAUAAAAGGGACGACGCUAAAUCGGGCAAGUCUAAAGGUCUAAAGAAGAAAAGCAAAUCGCAUAAAUCCGAAGUGGUUAUUAAAAAAAACGAAGCUAUAAAAGUAAAGCCAAAAGUGUUGAUGAAGCCGAAGAAAACGACCUCGACAAAAACACCUGAAACAAGAGAAGAAAUAAAGAAGUAUCCUAAAAGUGCAAAAGCAAGCGCAAAAAACAGUCCAAAAACUCUUUCAAAACGGGGAUCGUCUGUUUCUAAAGUUGGUUCUUCGCCGAGAAUGUCGCCGAGCGCUUCUGUAGGAAACACUUUUCCGAAGGAGAUAACUAAACGAGCUCUUUUCAAGUCUAACUUCGGGUCACUAAGUCCGAGGAUGAAUUUCGGAACCCCGUCGCCCAGAAGUGGCAGCAACUGCAGCACUUACUUUCCAAACAACCAGGGAGAAGAAAGUCCCGUACGGGUGAGCGGUGUCCCAUCGUCGAGGACGAGUUACAACAACGCUUUCCCGUUCGGAUCGAGAGACCAUUCGAACGAAGCGAGAAAAAUGGAAUCCGUCAAGCGCAGACCUCCUUCUGACACGGUCUUCGGUAAAAACGAGCGGAAAAAAUCAGGACGGGUGUCUCUGGUAGACAAAAAUUCCUUCACAUCCGAAAACGCGUCAAAUUUGCUGACUCCGAAGACGAGGCACUUGACCGACAUGGAAGUGCAGAUCCUGGUCAAAGACGUCGAGCAGAUAUCCGGCCAGAUUCAGAAGUACAUCAGGAAAUGGGACGAGUUGUUGAAGACGAACACGACCGCUGACAGGGACGAAGACAUCAGAAAGACCGUGUUGAGCGCCUGCGUUCUCCUCGACACUAAGUUGAAACGGGCGAAAGAAUUGCUAAUGAAAUACAAGGCUCUUACUUCAGGAAACAACGGCCUGGGUAGCCCGACGGCGGAAAUGCUCGAGGCUUUGUUGUACUACCAGUUGACGCAGCUCGAUGUCGCUUCCGUUAUUAAAACUUUCAGAAGAUUAGAUUCAAUGCUGACGUCCGGAAAAUAAUUUUACUCCGUUUAUCAUCUGUCUCAAUCUUUCGAAUGUUUCAUGUGUUGCCAAAAAUAAUUAUUAGUUUACGCAUUCGCUUUACCAAGAUUUACAAAUAAAAUGUAAAACACAUUAA